AUGGCUUUGUAUGAGGAUCACUNGUUGAUUGCCCAUGAUGGUCAUGUUAAGUUGACAGAUUUUGGGCUUUCAAAAGUUGGGCUUAUCAACAGCACAGAUGAUCUUUCUCGUCCAGUUUCCAGUGCAACGUCGCUGCUUGUUGAGCAGAAACCAAAAUGGCCAACGUUGGAGCAUAAGCGGUCUGCUGUGGGCACUCCUGACUACUUAGCGCCAGAAAUUCUUUUGGGGACAGGACAUGGUGCAACUGCAGAUUGGUGGUCUGUUGGCAUCAUUUUGUAUGAAUUCAUUGUGGGGAUUCCACCCUUCAAUGCUGACCAUCCGCAGCAAAUAUUUGACAAUAUUCUCAACCGUAAUAUACAAUGGCCUCCUAUUCCUGAAGAUAUGAGCCAUGAAGCCCGUGAUUUGAUAGAUCGGUUAUUAAGGGAAGAUCCUCACCAGAGACUUGGGGCUAGAGGGGCAGCUGAGGUCAAGCAGCACAUCUUCUUUAAAGACAUAAACUGGCAUACGCUAGCACAGCAGAAGGCCGCAUUUGUGCCGGAUUCAGAAAAUGCUUUUGACACAAGUUACUUCCAUAGUCGCUACUCGGAGAAAUAUCCGGACGAAGAAUGUUUAUCAACCAAUGAGAAUGAAGAUUCUAGUGAUGGUGACAGUUUGAGUGGCAGCAGUGGUCGGUUGAACAAUCAUCACGACGAGGGGGUUGAUAUACCCCGCGGACCUGCGGAGUCUGAAACUGGUGUCUCUGAAAAUUACCCAUUCAAUAAUUUCUCGUUCAAGAACCUCUCGCAGCUGGCAUUUAUCAACUAUGAUCUGAUGUCCAAAGGUCACAAAGAUGAAAGAUGAAACCCAACCAAGUUCGCAUCGAAGAUAGCAGCAAACAAAUGAACAUAACUUAUUAUUCUGUCCAUAGACCGGAAGAAAAACAAAAGCAAAAGGAAAACACUAUUUGAUCGUACAGCGCACAACCGCACAUGUGGUUUAUUGGUGUUUUGCGGUUUGAUAUUUGUUUGGAUUUGUGGUUUAACAUAUUUAUGUACAUGAUCUGAGACUAUUGCUUUCCACCUUCACAGAAGGUA